AUGGCAAAAAAGAAGCUGUCCCUCAAACCCGUACAGAGGGGGUUCGCAACCACCUCGGCCGCCAAGAAACCCCAGUCACAGCAACCGCCCUCCCCUCUGAGCCAGCACGACGCCACGCCGGAGGAGCCCUUGGGUGACCAGCCCAGGGAGAAGGUAGAGGCAGAAUCCACAGACGCAAAGAAGGAAGAUUGGGAGGACGACGACGCGACAGAACGCAAUGCGUUACAAGGCUUCGUUGACAGGCUUCACGAAAAAGGAGAGAAGGAGGUCGUCAGAGUCAUCAAGGCUAUUGAAUUUGACCAGCGUCUUGGGGCAUCGUUCCCCAAAGUUGAGAUCAAUCAGUCGUUACGAGACCAGGCUCUGGAAACAGCUCUAGAAGAAGAGCGAGCGAAUCUCAUUGAUCCAUCCAAUCCCCCAACGGUAACUCACCCAGCUGCCAACGCUCCGGAAACCGAGAAGGGUCUUCUUCGUUUCUUCAUCGCCUACCAUGUCCUUCAAAGGCUCGGCUUUAGAACAGCAAGGAUCGAGCAGUGCUUCUUGCAGGGCUUACAGGAAGGCGAGGGAUGGGAGGAAGCCCUGGAGUGGCUAUGGCUACAUUGCACUGAAGAUGAGUGUCUGCAGAAAGGAGAGUUUGCCAAGCAAGAAGAGCGGCCACUCGAAGAGCCGGAAGAAGCUCUACUACCUGCUUUGGAAUCUGUGAUCGAGGAGAAGGUGAUCCAAGACGCUCCACCAUUACAAACAGCCUCGGUCGUUACAGGCCCAGACCCUUCAACAACGGCGACUUCGUUAUUCCAGGCGGCCGAUUCCGAAUCGGAUAGUGGGUCAGACUUGGAUGAUGGUAACAGCGUCAACGAACAAUGGGCACGGCUGCAGCUCUCGCUCGACACACUGAGAGGGCCUGGGUCAGGCAAGAAGGGCAAGAAGGGAAAGGGGUCUGGGGUGGUCUUGGACACACCAGAAAUCAGACGAUUGAAGGAGAAAAUCGCGGCGGUUGAAAAGGAAUACAUGUUCAGUCGAAAACAUGCUGACUCGAUAUUGAAGACGCUGAAAAGUCAAAGGAAUGCCGAGUCAAUUGCUGCAAAAUUCAAGGGACUCUCGACCAAACCCGAAGAGAAGGCUGAGGAACAGGUCGACAAAGACGUUCAGCCAGAAAACGAAAGAACCGGACUACCGGUCCAGGAAGAGGAGGAGAAACCCAAAGCGACGGAUAGUAGCAAUAUCCUUGAUGCCUCUGCGUCCGACGAUGACGAUGGCGGCGGUCUGUUUGGUGCUAUGCUCGACGAGCCGACAAAGCCAAAGUCCGGCAUUCAACCCGACACUGUACCCUCUUCAUCAACUAGCAUAUCAGUCCGAUCAAUGCCUAUUCCUAAGCAAUUGUCCUUUGCGGGAACCAUACCCAAGAAUGUGCUCAAGGCAGCAUUUUCAAAAGCCACCAAGCAAGUGGUGCUCUCGUAUGUCAACCUGUCUGGUCAUAGCAAGGCCGCAAGGGCAGGCUUGGAAUGUCGAUGGCAAUCUGGCAGUGACAAAGGGAGAAGAAUAUGGAGGAUGGACGAUAUUGCGUGCGAUGACAUGGCUCAAGCCGAAAACUAUGUUUCCACUUUAGCUUUGUCGGAUCUGGAAGCCGAGAAGCUCAUCAGUGGAGUCAACUGGAGGACGAUGCCUGUCGCCUACCGAGAACUGUGGGAGGAGCUUGGUAUUGAAAAGAAGGAGAAGGAGGAUGCCAGUCGAAGAGAGGUCUGGAAAACGAUCAAGAAGCUUUGGGACGCCAAAGCGACCGAGGUGACCAUGGAGAAGGGCAUAGUCGACAAAUCGUCAGGUGGGAAAGAGAAGGAUGGGGGACAAACAAAGGGAGUGGAGAUGGACAAAGAGGAUGUCUUUGUCAAGGACCUUCAAGACGAUUACGCGAAACGCCGAGAAUCCGCGCCUUAUCAAAAUAUGCUCAAGCAACGAGACACUCUCCCUAUCGCCUCCUUCCGAGAUGAGAUCCUAGCGACGCUCGAACAAAAUCAAGUGAUGGUGUUCAGCGGUGAGACGGGGUGCGGGAAAUCCACUCAGCUGCCGUCUUAUAUCCUUGAGAACCAACUUUCACAGGGUAAGCCCUGUAAGAUAGUUGUCACCGAGCCGAGACGAAUCAGUGCUAUUUCACUGGCCCAGAGAGUGUCUCAAGAGCUUGGUGAUGCUACUGGUGCCGUCGGCUCUCUUAGCAGUCUGGUCGGCUACAGUAUUCGACUGGAGAGUAAAACAUCCGCAAACACGAGGCUGUCGUUUGUCACGAAUGGUAUAGCUCUGAGGAUGCUCGAGUCUGGAUCUUCUGGCGACAGCAAGGGUACUGCUUUCGACGAGAUCACCCAUAUUAUUGUUGAUGAGGUGCACGAGCGCUCGAUUGAGUCCGACUUUCUCUUGAUCGUGUUGAAGAAUCUCUGUCAAACCAGACCUGACCUCAAGGUUGUCCUCAUGUCUGCCACGGUCGACGCUGAGAAGAUUUCAAACUUCUUCGGGAGAGCGCCCUAUAUGAGCGUACCGGGUAGGACUUUCCCGGUGACUGUAAACUACCUUGAAGAUGCAGUCCAGCUGGCUGGCUGGAGUAUCGACGAGAGGUCACCUUAUGCUGUCAGGGGACGUAGGCAAAAGCCACAAUCGCAGAUGUUGGAAUGGAAUGAGGAGGGUGCAAAGUCGGACUCUGAUCCUUCGGACGAUGAGGAAGAGUCGACGUCUGUUAAUCCGGCCAAGCUAUCUUCUGCGAGAUACAGCUCCCAGACGGUCAAUACCCUCAACUUGCUUGAUUCUCGGCAGAUCCCGUACGACCUUAUCGUUGCCUUGCUGGAAAAGGUUUGCUAUGGCUCGCUCGAGCACGUAACAUUCUCUCAGGCUACGCUGGUAUUCAUGCCUGGCCUGGCAGAGAUAAGGAAGUUGAACGAUAUGCUUCUAGCCCACCCACAAUUCGGCAGUCAAGAGUUUGUUGUGUGGCCUUUGCAUUCCAGUAUCUCUUCGGAAGGUCAAGGUGCCGUGUUUCAGAAACCACCGAAGGGAGUCAGGAAAAUCGUCAUUUCAACCAAUAUCGCUGAAACUGGUGUCACUAUUCCUGAUAUCACAUGCGUAAUAGACACAGGAAAACAACGCGAAAUGAGGUAUGACGAGAAGAGACAGCUGUCUCGUUUCGUCGAGUCCUAUGUCGCGCGGAGUAAUGCCAAGCAAAGACGUGGUCGAGCGGGUCGUGUCCAAGAGGGUCUCGCCUUCCAUCUGUUCACCAAAGCCAGACAUGACACCCAGCUCGCUGAGCAUCCGAUACCCGAGAUGCUGCGUCUUUCUCUUCAAGAUCUCGCCCUUCGUAUCAAGAUCCUCAAAGUACCGCUCGGCAACACCAUAUCGUCGGUGCUUCUACAGGCCCUUGAUCCCCCCUCUGCGAUCAACAUACAGCGUGCCAUCUCCUCACUUGUGGAAGUUAAGGCUCUUACGGUCAACGAGGAUAUUACACCCUUGGGGAGAUUGCUCAGCAAGCUGCCGAUGGAUGUACAUCUAGGCAAGUUCCUGUUGGUUGCGGCCAUGUAUGGAUGUUUGGAUCCCGCUUUGACAAUAGCGGCAACCCUCAACUCAAAGAGCCCGUUCGUCACACCGUUUGGCUUUGAAUCGCAAGCGAGAGCUGCCAAAGCAGGAUUUGCAAUUGGUAACAGCGAUUUUCUUACUAUCGCCAACGUUUUCGCAAGCUGGAGACGGGCAUCUGACAAUCCUAAUUUUGUUCGGACUUUCUGCAAGAGAAAUUACGUCUCCCACCAAAACUUGCAGCAGAUCGAAGAGCUUCGCCAGCAGCUACUUGCAUACCUUGUGGACACGGCGUUCGUGGAUACCACACCCGAACAGCGGCGAGCUAUCAGCCAGAGCCGUUUCUCCAAAGGGGUGCGAACACGAUUUGUCCCCGUUCCAGCGGCAGUCAAUGUCAAUGGCGAAGACUUCAAGGUAUUAGGCGCUGCACUUGUCUCCGGCUUAUAUCCCAAACUUUUGGCCCUGGACCCAUCCGGCGGGCUGAAGACUAUCACUAACCAGCAACCUGUUGUGAUUGUAAGUACUAUACAUAGCAUCGUCCACAUGUCUCUUAUCUACUCUCAUAGCACCCCAGCUCAGUCAACUUCAAAGUUCCCUACAAGUCUUUUGGGACCAACUAUCUCGCAUACUUCACCAUCAUGCACUCCAAGAGGCUGUAUGCAUGGGAAACAGGGCCCGUGGAAGAUACGGCGCUAG